GCCAAGUGAAAGACGAAGAAGAAGCUCACGGGCCAAGGCAGCGUUCAUAGCCGGGCCCGUGGGCUCGCCAAAAUUCGACCCAUCUUAUACAAUUUACUGAGCGGAGUCCUGGGUAGCGGUGCAACGACCGCGAGCAAUCUGCUACCAUGAAGUCCCGGUCCCGCACGACUUCGUCGCACUGGUUAGCCGGCGUGAAGAGGCCGACGUCACCGUCCAUCAGGUCCCCCAAGACCCCGUCCAAUGUUGUUGUGGCCACGCCGCUGGCGCCCGCUCAAGUCGUCAUCCAAGGUGGCUGGACGCCGUCCGGCCUUGCUAUCAACGUGGCCAGGCAUCACAGCAGGUCCAUCGCGUCGUCACAUGAUUCCGAGGUGAGCAUGCUGAUGAACGACGCCCGCCUCUGUGCCACUGGCUCUAGGAGCGUUGAAGACCGCUUCUCUGGACUUCCGUCGCUGCCGGAGAGCAACAAAUCCACGGAAUUCAAUGGAAGCUUAAGCGCACUGGUGACGAGGAGCGCCGAGAAGACCAGCGCAACGUCAACGGGCAAGUCCACCGGCUCGUUAUUUUGGUCUAAGUCUCCGUUCAUCGAAAUCCAGCCCAUGGUGCGCAGUUCAAAGAGCGCCACCAUCAAGCGCUCCAGCGUCGCCACUGCGUCCUCAGCGUCAGCGGCCAAAGCUGCGGUAUUUGAAAGACAUAACGAGCUUGCCGCUUCCCCAGCUGACUCCCCGAUAAAGCACCGGGGUGCUUUCCACAGCAGCGACUCUGCGACAAGCUUGGGCAAGCGUUGGAACGUGAAAAUGUCGGCAGAUACUGCGCGUGGACUCUUGGGUCAGACAGCCCCCGAAAUGGCGAUUUCAGAGCAAUACGAGAAGCUAUCCGAAAAGCGCCACGUGUCUUCGGCGACGUCUCGAUCGUCAAUCUUGAAAACUCCACGGACAUCCCAAGCUUCAUUUGCGUCGCCGCGCAGACAAAACUCGCAAGAAUUGGUUUCCCAAGGCAGCCACCUUACUCUUCCACUGACGUCGCCUGGACCGCAUAUAGCGGAGGUGACGAUCGCAUCAGUGGAAAUAAAUCCAAUUGUACAGGCUAGAGGGGGCUUCAGACCAAGUUCACCCGAAUCUUAUCCGGGCGCGCACAGCGUCUACCACAAAUCUGCGCUGGACAAGUUAUUUAACAAGUACCCGAUGGACUUUGCUGAAAAACAUGCACUUGCGCGAGCUAGGAGAGAUGCCUCUAAAAAUUCUCUAAGCGUGCUCACUCAGUCUGCACGAGGGCAAAUAGCAAAGCUUAAAAAAACAUCGAAAACCAAACUUUCGAAAUCUGGAGAAAGCCGACAGCUGACAACCCUUGCAUCACAGAAAUCGUCGCGGGAAGCAUUCACAAAGCCCACCUUGUUGCAACCGGCCUCUGAUGCUCCGUCUCGUCUGACGGAUUAUCAAAGAUUCAAGGACCUCAAAAGCGAAACCAUUACGGCCAGAACAUUGUUUGCCACUGGAAAGGAGCCCCAAGGGAUAGCCGAGUUUGGAGUGACCGCAGGCAGAAAGAUUCUAGGAGAAGCUCAAACAGGCACGAAAACAACCAUCUCAGUGUCACCUCGUUCAUCGGGAAGCUUGGUUAACGUAGAAGCACCGCAGAAGCCUUCACUCGCAUAUCCAACCUCGAUCAUCGACUCGCAGAGAAUGACAGCCUUAAGAAAAAGCGUCGACAAAGGUUCUCAAGGCUCCCCUCUGGGCUCCCGGUCAGUGUUUUCAGGUGUUACUUCGCCACGCCAGUUAGCAGAAAUACAGUCUGGAGCGCCCUCCAGAGGCCUCCUUGAGCCCAUGAAGAGGCUCAGUCCUUCAGCGUCUCCUCAGGUCUCGAAUAGCGUAUUCACCGGAGCUUCCACGCAACAGUCUCUCAUCAAAGGCGCGCCCACCGUUGCCAAGGCGGAACGAACCGCGGUCGUUAUGGAGAGCGCAGCCACUUCACCCUUUGCAGAGCAGGAAGUUGAAAUGAAGAGUGCAAUAACGUCGCUCUCACCGCGGGAAGCAGCGUCUGCGCCUGCGGACACUGUUCUUCGUUUAAAGGCGGACACCUCGUCACCUCGAUCAGGACAAAGUGUGCUAGGUACCGUAAAGACUUCAACUGGCUCUCAGGAGAAAUCCACGCAGGUAUCCGCAAGUGUAGCGAAGAGUCCAAUUGGAAGCCGUCCGGGUUCUCCGAAAGGCGCGUUAUCUGCGUAUCUUGACGCAAUUUCGCCGCCCCAGUCACCUGAGCCGUGGUCGCCCAGAGCAACAGCUGGUUUCUUGGACGCUACCAAGAGUCCAAGGCCUGAUUAUCGCUCACCAUCACCGCGAUCAGGGCAAGGUGUGCCAGGUUCCUUAAGCACUUCAACUGGCGCUCAGAAGAUAUCCACGCAGGUAUCCGCAAGUGUCGUAACGAAGACACCGACUGGAAGUCGUCCGGGUUCUCCGAAAGGCGCGUUAUCUGAGUAUCUUGAUGCAAUUUUGCCGCCCUAUUCUCCUGAGCUAUGGUCGCCUAGAGCAACAGUUGGGCUCUUGGACGCUACCAAGAGUCCAAGGCCUGAUGCCCCCUCAGCCCCACAGGUUUCUAAAAGUCCCUUCGGCAGCGAAGCGUCCGCUGAAAUGGCUAUUAUCAAGCGAGCAUCCCCUAUCACAGAUAUGGAGCCGAAAGACGGCCUUAUACGCCGAGACAUCAUACCAGCCUCAACAAGGGAUAAAUCGCCCGCACUGACCGCCGCACCACCUUCGCUUCAAGUAGCAGAAGCCUCAUCGCUGCGGACACCGCAGCCUUUCUCAGAGGUGGCGAAGACUACUGCGAUCGCUCAUCCGGAGUCCUCUCAGUUCUCUGGAAGUCAGCCCGGCUCUCCAGUGUGCAAACAAUCCUCACUCGUUGUUGCUUCUGCACUUGAACCGUGGUCGCCGCGGGCAGCAUCUGGAUUUUUAGAUCCGACCAAGAGUCCCCUAAGGAUGCCUGGAACAUCUCCUCAAGCGUCCCAAGGGCUAUCUUCUCAACCGUUGUCGCCGCGGGCAACAUCUGGCGUUUUAGAUCCAACCAAGAGCCCCCUAAGGAGGCCUGGAACAUCUCCUCAAGCGUCGCAAGGCGCCCUAUCGCCUGAACCGUUGUCGCCGCGGGCAGCAUCUGGCUUUUUAGAUCAAACCAAGAGUGCCCGAGAGAGCCUUGGAGCAACCCCUUCAGCGACGCAAGGUGCCCAGUCUUCUGCACCGUUGUCGCCGCGGGGAACAUCUGACUUUAUAGAUCAAACCAAGAGUACUCGAGAGAGCCUUGCAGCAUCUCCUCCAGCGACGCAAAGCGCCCAAUCUUCUGAACCGUUGUCAAUAAGGGUAGCACCUGGCUUUUUAGAUCAAACCAAGAGUACCCGAGAGAGCCUUGCAGCAUCCCCUUCAGCCACGCAAGGUGGCCAAUCUUCUCAACCGUUGUCGCCGCAGGCUACAUCUGGCGUUUUAGUUCCGUCCAAGAGUCCCCUAAGGAUGCCUGGAACAUCUCCUCAAGCGUCCCAAGGCGCCCUAUCUUCUCAACCGUUGUCGCCGCGGGCAGCAUCUGGCUUUUUAGAUCAAACCAAGGGUACCCGAGAGAGCCUUGAAGCAACCCCUUCAGCGACACAAGGUGCCCAGUCUUCUGUACCGUUGUCGCCGCGGGGAACAUCUGACUUUUUAGAUCAAACCAAGAGUACUCGAGAGAGCCUUGCAGCAUCUCCUCCAGUGACGCAAAGCGCCCAAUCUUCUGAACCGUUGUCAAUGCGGGCAGCACCUGGCUUUUUAGAUCAAACCAAGAGUAUCCGAGACAGCCUUGGAGCAACCCCUUCAGCGACGCAAGGUGCCCAAUCUUCUGAACCGUUGUCGCCGCGGGCAGCAUCCAGCCUUUUAGAUUCUACCAAGAGUCCCCGAAAGAGUCCUGGAACAUCCCCUCAGGCGUCACAAGACUCUAUAUAUCCGGUUGCGGAUAGUUAUUCGCAAGUUAAACAGCUCGAACCUUGGUCCCCUAAAGUGACAGCUGGCACUCUGGACUCUACGAAGAGCCCUCGCUUAGCAGUACAACCAUCACCUCCGGCUUCAAAUGGCAGUCUUCAGCAGACGUCAUUACAGCAAAUCCAGUCGCCGCAACCUCCGGUAGGCCCGUUAUCGGCCAUAAAGAGUCCCCUCACGCCAUAUUCGCAAGUUUCGGCAAGCAUCUCCCAGCUAGAAUCUGUGCAACAGCUCGUCAAUCCUUCAUCAACCAUCAUGGAGAUUAUCACAACAGAAAAAACCGCUAUUGCGCCGGUCGAAUCUGGAGUCGCCACAGAGCGUGCGAGUACUGAAAUGAGUGCAAUUUCUACUCGCGGCUCCGUGAGCACCUUCGGGCUGGCUGAGCACCCAGUCGCUGUAUUUGCUCCGUCCCCAUCCGAUACGCACGCGCCACUCGACACAGUAAAGAGCCCUAGCCAGAGUUCUAUCGGUUCCCCUAGACGUGCUCUUAACGCUCUGGGACCGGCUUCUCCUACGCCGACGAGUGGCUUGGCAUCCCCAAGUGAGAUAAAGAGGCUUCUGGAAGCCAAGGGCAGCUCCACAAGCUUUUCUCCACUGCGCGGUAGCAGCACAGUCGACAUACCGUCACUGGAACAGUUUCCUACCGAGUCAGAACGCCACGACCUAGCGAAAACCGAAACGACAACCGUCCGUAGCGCUGAAGAGCGCGCUGGAGCAGAGACGUCCUUGACACAAAAAGGUUCGGAGCUGAAGGUUCCUUCCGGUCCCCUUGUGACCGCGCAAACCACUGACUCAGAGCAGAAGGCGAGCGCCGGUGGAUCUUCACAGCUCACCAUCCUGUCAGCAGUGGAAAAGUCCCUUCGCGAGGAAUCUCCAUCCGGAAGAGGACUCGCAGAACUGGACAAGGAGAAAUCUUCGGUGACGGCCCUUAAUCAAGCGGCCGGAACGGGCACCAGCGUUGAGGGGCACCAGCUGAGCAUAAGGGCAAGUGCGGAACUUUUGGCACCGUCCUCGAAGUCUUCUGAGGAGCGAAUCAGCGCUGAUCAAAUCAUCGACGCCCGACAGCUCGAAGCCGACACGUCAGCUGAAAUCAUCGAGUCAACGAAAUCGGGCGACAAGUCAGUCGCACUGCUCGUCGAAAAGCGAGCCAGCGCCGACAUUGUUGCCGCCGUGCAAAAGAAGCCGAGUGAUAGCGGAGUGGCAAGCGCCGAGAAAUCAGCCAUCACUUCCCCAGAAAGCGACGCCAAAGGCUCACCUCAGAAAAAGAAAGGCAAGAAGGGUCAAAAGGGGCGCAAGGUACCCAAGGGUUCCACGGCGUCCACCGACGACGACAGCUUAUCCGUCUCGGAACAUAUCGCACAGGCCAUCACAGAAUCUUCGGCCCAGUUCGCCGACAUACCGCUGCAGGUGAACAUGACGAUCGACUUGGUGCCCCCCAAAAGUGCCAAUUCGAUGUCUUCAGUCCGGACAAUCGUGUCACCGGUGCACAUCGAGAAGAAGAUGAUCGUGGAGAGCUGCAAGGACGGCCACGUGGAGGUCAAAAUUCCUCCCGUGUUCAUCGACUCACCGGAGGGAAAGCACACCUCCGACAACGCCCUGAACGUUUCUGUGUCUGUAGACGUUGGCAAGCAAGCCACGCAGGGUCACAAGACUCCUCAGCAAGAAUGCCGCCCUGCCGAGAAACCGUGACGCUGAGCCUCGACACGUGCCACUUCUCCGUGCACGAGCGGCGGAAGAGUAGUGGCCAAUGCACGACGUGAGGUGCUCCCAGGAAAAGAAAGUGCAAACGAAAGUGUCAACAGCUCGGUUUGCUGAACUGCGUGGCUGCUGCUGGCGUUUGCCGCUCGGUUUUUCGAUAAGAACUAGACUGUGCCAAUCGACGACCAGCACUGCCCUUGGCGUCUCGAAUAAGCGGCCUUUGUGGCACUUUAGGGUCAAUAAAUUUCCGGGCGA